CACUUGAUGAGAGCCAGAACACAGAUCAUCACACUCUUCUGCUGGGAUUGAUUUCUUCUGAAACUGGACUUUAGAGAAAUGAUGCUCAUCUUUGGACCGAUGCUGAUGCUGGUGCAAACUGCUGCAUGUCUGGAUCAGCUCUGCACAAUUGAUCAACGAUAUUCAUUCAAACAAUGUUACGCAGCUCUGGGACACAAACUCAGUCUGCAGAUGAACCUGAACCCUUCAUAUACUGACCUUUAUUUGUAUAAGACAUUAAAUGAUGGCAGUAGACUGGAUGUUUUUAGCAUAACUGACAAUAAAGAGCAUAAAUAUGAAUCCAUCAGAAACAGAUCUGAGUUCUUCUUUGAUAAUAUGACUCUGACCAUAAAUAAUGUGAUAAGAGCAGAUUCAGGAAAUUACACAACAGAUGUCAUUGAUAUAGAUAUGAUAAUAAGCAGUGAUCUUCAAGUGAUUGUUGAAGCUCCUAUUGGCUCAUUGGAAGUGUCAAUCAUCUGCUCCUCCAAUCAGACUUCAGUGUUCUGCUCCUCUGAGGGGGAUCAGCUCCUCUACAGCUGGACUCUGAAUGGAGAUCCACUGAUGGAUGGAAACAGCAGCAUUGAUCUGGAUGAAGGAACUGAUGGAGACAUCAGCUGCAGCGUGAAGAACCACGUCAGUCACGCACAGAAGACCAUUAGACUCAAACCCUGUCCUGAAUCAACUCCUGCAGCUGUGACCUCUAGUGUGACCUCUGCCGUGACCAGCAGCACACAGACAUCUGAAUGUGUGUGUUCAGUGUCUCUGGUGUUUGUUGUGGUCUGGUGUCUUCAGCUGAUGGUUCUGUUCGGUCUGUUAGGAGCUUUUCACAUCUACAUGAGACACACGUCAGGAAAGAAACAGGAAGAUCAGAAAGUGAGGAUGAGAAGAUUUAGAGAAGGACAUGAACACACAGCAGAAGAUUGAUGAGAGCAGCAGCAGAUCAUCACAUCUAUGAGAAAUAACUUCAUAAUCUCGCAUCAAUCCAGCUUUCACCUGUCUUUUAUUUCUCUGAAUCAGAUUUGUCAGAUUGUGAAGUCAUUCUGUGUUUAUUUUCAUAUUUCUGCUCUUGCUCAUUUAUUUAUUAUGUUUAUAAUGGUCGAUUUCUCUUCAUUUUCAGCAUCUGUUAAGAUGUUUUCUCUGUUUGAAGAUCUUGAUCCAUGUCUGUUUUUGAAUUUGUUCUUUGAUGACUUUUAACAUGUUUAAUUUGUGUGUAAAUGAGUCAGUGUUAGAAAUAACCUGCAUUGAAAUAAAACUGUAGUUUUACUCUUGCUUCUUGCGGGGAGAAUUACAUUUUAGGUUGACCUUGAUUUAGAGUGACCUUUAACGUUGCAGGGUAUAGAAGGAAAUUCUGGAUGCCAGCUUCUCUCAUUUACUUCCUAACUGAUGCAAAUGCACUUCUUUAUGCGGUGAACAGAGAAAACUCUAAAAAGAAAGACAGCAUUGCUCUGUAGGAUGUUUUCACAGGGGCUUGAAGUCUGGCGGCCCACAAAAUGAGCUCCCUGUCUGUGUACCACAACAGUUUGAAGUUUGUAGCGUGAUCUGAGGAGAGCCUUGUGUACACAAUGCACUCGCUCCACUUCAAUCUCUUUGCCAGUCAGAGAUGGGACACACUUCGGUAGCGAUAUUUUCAAAAAGCCCAUAGGGUCGUCCUUUUCAGAACCUUCAGGCAAUCCUACCAGACACAGAUUGCUGCGCCUAUUGCAAUCCUGUAAGGCCACAACCUGUUGCUCGAGCGCGUCUUCAUCGUGAUCUGUGACAACUUUCUUUUGUUCUCAAAUCUCCCCUGUAACAAGAUCCAAUUUAGAGCACAGCGACUGAACAACUGACAUGUGACAAGCGAACUCUUCCCUCCUGCAGAUCGCCGUCAACUCAGUUCUGAUCAUGUCCCCACAAAGUGCGCAAUAGUGUUCGCCAUCUUGUCCACCAUAUCACCCAUGGUCGUUGGCUUGGAUUUAUUCUUAAUCAGACAACUCCUGCUGAUUCCAAGUUCCUAACCCUAACCAUCAGGGAAUAUAUUAUUAAUGAAUAAACCUAAAAAAAAAAAGGAAAAAAAUAAAUAAAUCAGCAAAAAGGGGUCAAAGUACAGAACUCUACUCAAGUGCACCUAGGUUCACAAGCACGUCAUGUGAUUCCUUAUCAUUGUUGGUGUUUCUUUUAAUUGUAUUUAGGCCAAUUUAAUUAAUUAAUUUGAAUGGAUUAUAUAUUGUUGCAAUUUUCUGUUUACUAUAUGACAUAACAUGUUAAAAAUUGACAUAAAUGUUAAUUUUGUAUUUGCAUGUAAAAUAAAUGUCUUACCUCUCA